AUGAACUUCAGUGGAACGGUCAAUGUUCUGCGCCUUUUGGUGAAUCCAAAAUUGUGUAUCCCACAAACCACUAUCGAGAACUUUGGUCAGCUCCCGAUACCGAUUGGGCCCUCUAUAAAAGGCGUUGUGCUCGACAAGGACAACUGUUUCGCAUAUCCGCACACAAAUACCGUGUGGUCGGACUACGAGAAAACAUGGGUGAAGCUGAAAGAACAGUAUCCUGGCGCAUCUUUGCUCAUUGUGAGCAACAGCGCUGGUAGCAAUGACGACACUGGAAAUGAAGCUGCCUUCUUGGAAAAAUCACUUGGAGUGCCGGUCUUACGACAUGCAGUCAAGAAACCUGGCUGCCGCGACGAGGUUUUGCAGCAUUUUGCUAAGCAUAACAUCACUGAUGAUCCAAGAGAAAUCGCUGUGGUUGGAGACCGACUUUUCACCGACAUUAUUAUGUCCAAUUUAAUGGGAAGUCAUGGCGUAUGGGUUCGAGAAGGUGUCAAACCUCCUUCGGGACCGUUGACGUUUCUAGAGCGCAAAUUGUAUGAAUGGAUGAGCUAA